GAACAAGUUUUAAAUAUGUGCAAUGGAUCAUGGGAAUCAGCUCUUUAUGUCGUUGGGCUCCCUGUGGAUUUAGCGUACAACAAGAUGGCGGAUGAGACGACAGUUGUUGUAAUCACGACUGUUGUAGCCGGCCUUGUUGCUCUAUUGUAUUUCUGGAGGAGUCACAGGACAAAUAAAAAGCGUUCUGAGACUACAGAUAAACCAGAAAGUCGGCUAGACUUGAAUGAAGCUAGAAUUAAACGAUUUUAUCAUGAUGUGCAAAAUGAACAAAGCUCAGUGGAAAAUUCAAGUCCAACAGCAAUGAAACUAAAAAGUGAAGAAAAAGAAAGAAAUCUUGACUUUAAAUUUGAGGAUAAAGAUCAUAAAAGUAUGAGAGGGGAGAGCCAAGCCGAAAAUCAAUCAACAAAGAAAGUGUUUUUAGGAAGAAUAAGUUCAAUGACUGAGCCGAUUCCUCGAUGUUUUGACGAGGAGACAGGAACGCCUGUAACGAGACCUCUUACGACACUCGAUGAAGCCUUGCACUGGACACGAGGGUUUGACUCAUUUAAUGUAGCCAAUGUGCACCUGCCAGAGGGAUAUCAAGGACUUGGUGAUCAUCCCAGGACACUUGUGUGUCAUGAUAUGAAAGGAGGAUACAUAGAUGAUAGGUUUGUUCAAGGCUGUGUGUCAAGAGAAUGUUAUCGUUUCUACCACUGGAACUUGAUAGACAUUUUCGUCUACUUUAGUCAUCACUUCAUCACUAUUCCUCCCCCAUGCUGGACCAAUGCUGCUCAUACCAAUAGUGUUCCAGUAUUGGGAACAAUUAUCACUGAGUGGGAUGAUGGGGCUGCGAGAUGCUGUGAGUUCUUAGAGAAUGAACAUUCUGUACAUGCACUUGCUGAUCAACUCGUCAAGAUGGCGGAUUAUUACAACUUUGAUGGAUGGCUUGUAAAUAUUGAAAAUCCAAUCCAGCCAGCCCAAGUUGAUAACUUGAUAGAGUUUGUCAAGUACUUGACGGAAAAGAUGCAUGAGUCCCGACCACACAGUCUGGUGAUAUGGUAUGACAGUGUCACAUACAAGGGAGACCUGACAUGGCAAAAUGAGCUCAACCAGUCAAACAGUAUCUAUUUCACUGUGUGUGAUGGCAUAUUCCUGAACUACACCUGGUCAGUGCACCAGCUUGGCAUGUCGGCCGGAGCAGCACAUUGCUAUGGGCGACCCAUCCAUGACGUGUAUGUAGGCGUGGAUGUGUUUGGCAGAGACUGUUAUGGAGGAGGAGGAUACAAAUGUAACCAGGCAUUCCGCGUGAUCAGGGAAGAAAAGUUGUCUGUAGCCUUGUUCGCACCAGGUUGGGUGAUGGAGACACAAGGAGCAGAAAAAUUCACUUCCAAUGAAGAAAGGUUCUGGGGUCUGCUGCGCAAGGACUGCUUCAGUCACCCACUUGCCAUAUCUAUACCUUUUGUCACAUCAUUCUGUCGUGGACUGGGCAACAAAGUCUUCAUUGAUGGAAAGGUUGUGUACACAGGGCCUUGGUCCAACUUUAGCUGUCAGCAGCCCCAGGCGUCCUAUCACAACACCUUCUACAACAUGGGCGGCAAGGGUGGCAUCAUCUUGAGCGAGGUCACCCACACCAACUGCAGCUCUUACAAUGGAGGAGGGUGCCUCGUCGCACUCGGUCAAACCAGUGAUGUUGCUGCGAAUAGCACUGCUCGAAGUGUUGUGAGGCUGAUUGAGGCCGACCUCGACCUGUCUAGUGGUGUUCUGGUCUCCUUUACCUUUAAGUUGUUGCCUGCUGGAUGCUUCCAAGUCGGGUUGCAGCUACUGACGGAUGGCAAACCUACUUACCUUUUACUCUGUCCACCAACCUCCAACGAAACAGAUUAUUCCAAAUCGGGUAAAGAAGCCAGCAACUUCAGCAACAAGCUCAAACAACGCUAUGGUAUCAGUGCAUCCCAAGUGAUCACGUCAUCGCCGUUCAUGGCCCCCAUUGGUCAAGACCACUAUGUGGCAUACGCACCGCUGACCGGAAGUGACCAUGAAAGAGUUCAGAAAGCCAGUGGGCUAGAUGAAAAAGAACCAUGUUUGAAUGGGUGGUGUACAAGGCACUACCUGAUUGCUGGUCACCAUCUCAAGGAGUGCAAGCUGAAGGAGAUUCGCGGCUUGUGCGUCAAGACUAGCCAAUCAAAUAAAGGGUUAUCUGGACAGCCGUUUAUGCUGCAUCUUGGUGAAAUUAAGAUUCUCGACCCUAAAGUAAUUCAACAAACAGUCCCGGCCGUGGAGAACCUGAGAGCUACAAAUGUUCAUUGGAGCAAAGCUGACCAACAAAAUCAAAUCAGCCUCACUCUCAUGUGGGAAUGUCCAAUCACGGAUGAUAUUGAAAAGACCAUUUACUAUGACGUGUACUAUGUAAAUGAGAGUUUGUCAGACGCUUUCAUUGGUCGUGCGUUCACCGAGUCAUUUCGAGUCGCCUCGCUUUCUGUGCCAUCCGACAGGCACUGGGUCGAGUUUGUUGUCCAAGCGGUUUCACAGUCGAGACUAAAGAAACCGCUGAACAAGAGCACUCGUAUUCGGUUUACUUGGGAAUUAUAAUUCAUAUGGUUUCUUUGUCUGACUCCUAAAUGAAAAUGUAAUGAUAAUAAAUUAAAUAUUGAUAGAUACCUUA